AUGGGUCUUUACUAUGGAAUAGGCGGCCUAUGGUCUUUUCUGAUCGUUGUCGGAUUAUAUAUGCUUUUCACCGGCAGUGGUGAAUCCUUCAAUGUCGGAGCCUUCCUCGAAAGCGUCUCUCCCUUCACAUGGGCCAGUGUGGGUAUCGCUCUCUGCAUCGGCUUAUCGGUAGUUGGCGCGGCUUGGGGUAUCUUCAUCACCGGCUCUUCAAUUCUCGGCGCAGCUGUCAGGGCCCCUCGAAUCCGAACCAAGAACCUGAUCUCGAUUAUUUUCUGCGAAGUCGUCGCCAUCUAUGGCGUUAUCAUGGCCAUUGUCUUUUCCUCCAAGAUCGAGAACGCUGAGGGCGCCCAACUAUACUCAGCCGAUACGUAUUAUACUGGAUUCGCUCUUUUCUGGGCCGGUCUUACUGUUGGUCUGUGCAACCUCGUCUGUGGCAUUGCCGUUGGAAUUAACGGUAGUGGUGCGGCUCUUGCCGAUGCUGCCGAUGCCACGCUGUUCGUUAAAAUCCUAGUCGUCGAGAUUUUCAGCUCCGUCCUCGGUCUCUUUGGUCUCAUCAUCGGCCUUCUUGUUGCGCAAAAGGCACCACAAAUCGGCAAGAGCAUCUGA